UGUUUUUGUUUGAAACCAGCAGCAUGUGGUUCAAAACGCCUUUUCUCUUUCUCUCCCUCGCUCCCUCCUCUGCUUUUGAUGUUCUCUACUUUCAAUUGAAUUCAAUUCAACCUCUCUCUCUUGAUUGAUAAUUGAAAGCAAAAUAUGUAUAUGUCCCACUGAUUAUAGAAAAGAGAAAAGGCAUUCCCAAAGUUCUCUUUCUCUCUGAAAAUGGCGACAGGAGGAUCGAUAGCGCUUUCGAGCUCUCUGUCGUCUUCAUACUUGAGCCGUAAAAUCAGCAUCUCCACACUCCGAAUGUAUUUGCAGACAGUUGGUAAAUUGGUUACUUCGCGCCAAAGAAUUGUCUGCUCUGCUGUACAAGAAUUGUCUACACCUACAGUUGCUGCUGAAACAAAGGAGAUGGAGGCGGCAAAGGCAGCUGAAGUUGCAGCUCCUGAAAAACCAAAACCUCCUGCAAAAGCUCCAGCGCUACCUGAGCUAAUGGAGGAAGAGGUGAUCCCUUUGCCGAAAGAAACUCUUGGAUCUCAAGAUGAUAUCUCUGAGCUUGAGCUAUCUUUUGAAGACAACAAGCUAGAAGGUUCAUUUCUGAAGAAGGGCUAUCCUUAUUCAUUUUGGGCCUUCUUCCCUGAUGGAGUUCUCACAGGUCCUAAAGGAUUUUCUCUGUCCUCCUACGGGUAUGAAGCGAGCACUGUUGAGCCAUUUCUCAUUGAUGAGAAGAAAAUAACAGCAAAACAUGUUGUCUUCUGGGUUGAGAAGCGUUUGGCUGCUCAGGGAAUAAUUCCCGUUUGGAAAGAAUAAUUAGUUGUGAGGGCUACGAGAUCCAUGCUGACAUCCAGUACUCUCAUUUCAAAGCCCGAUAUAAACAAGCUGCCAAGAGGAAGCUAGGGUGCAGAUGAGCUGCUUGUUUAGGGGAAAUCAUUGUGCUAUCCUCGGCGUCCAAAGUUUCUAUGUCGAGAAUCAAGAAGUCUGGCUUGGAUCUAUUUAACGAAUGAGAGAAGUUACUAGGAACAAAAGAAUGGAUAAUAAACACACUGUUUAUCUACUCAUUCUUCUUCUUUUAGUAUUAUUAUUAUUAUUAUUAUUAUUAUUUUCAUUUUUUAGCUCUGAGAAUAACAUGUAUGCACAACCCCCAUUCUAAUACACCAAAUGUUGAUUCUCACAAAAAUAAAAAAUCAACAAAAUGUUUUGAAAGUUAUAGGUAGACCUUAUGCAAGUGAUAUCACCCUCUAAAAAUAGAGGUAAGAUUGCAUACAUUUUGUACUGUGUAAACCUUAUUUUAGCGAGAGUCUUGCUACCCUUUUUUUUUUUUUUUGCAACUUUAUGUUACGAGGAUAGCUACUUCAUAACACAUAAAAUUGGGGAAAUGUUUACCAUG